AUGGAGUCCAAGUCCGCGACUGAUCAUGUCGAAGAAAUGGACCUGGAUCAAAUGAUCCGCGAUGCUCGGCUGGCCACCGAGAAGGAGCAUGGCAUGUCCCUGUGGCAGGGCCUGAAGCUCUAUCCCAAAGCCGUCGGUUGGUCGCUGCUCAUAUCCACUGCGAUCAUCAUGGAGGGUUACGACGUUGUGCUCAUGGGUUCUUUCUAUGGCUUUCCUGCGUUCAACCAGAAGUAUGGCAAGCUCAUGAAGGAUGGCUCGUAUGGUCUGUCGGCAUCCUGGCAGGCCGGCUUAGCCAACGCCAUGAACUGCGGACAGAUUCUGGGUCUUUUUGCCAAUGGUAUCGUUUCUGAGCGGUUCGGCUACCGGAAGACGAUGAUGGUGUCUCUGGUGGCCACUGUCGCUUUCAUCUUUGUUCUCUUCUUCGCACAUAACGUCCAGACCUUGCUUGUCGGCGAGAUCCUCAUGGGUAUCCCACUCGGUGUUUAUCAGACGCUUACCGUUACCUAUGCAUCUGAGGUGUGUCCCGUCGCACUACGCGCCUAUCUCACCACAUACGUCAACCUGUGCUGGGUCAUUGGCCAAUUGAUCGCAUCAGGUGUGCUAAAAGGCCUCUCCGAUCGGACAGACCAGUGGGCCUACCGCAUUCCCUUCGCCGUGCAGUGGGUAUGGCCCAUUCCUAUUUUCAUCGGCGUCUACCUGGCGCCGGAAAGCCCGUGGUGGCUCGUUCGCAAGGGAAAACUUGCGGAAGCAAAGGAGUCUCUUCGACGAUUGACUUCCCGAGGAGAUUCUAGCUUUGAUGCAGAUGAAACUGUUGCCAUGAUGGUCCACACGAAUGAAAUUGAGAAGGAGAACUCCUCUGGCACUACCUAUUGGGACUGUUUCCGUGGUACCGAUCUACGGAGAACUGAGGUUGCCUGUCUCAUCUGGGCGGCGCAGAACUUCUGUGGUGCCGGUCUGAUGGGCUACUCGACCGUCUUCUAUCAACGUGCCGGUCUCGCCGUCUCCCAGUCCUUCAACAUGUCUUUGGGUCAGUACGCUAUUGGCAUCUGUGGCACCGUCUUCUCCUGGGUGCUGAUGAGCUACGUCGGCCGUCGUGCCCUCUACGUCAACGGACUGGCCAUUCUUUGCGUUCUGCUUUUCGUCAUCGGCUUCAUUUCAAUUCCAAAGGCGUCAACAGCGACUUCUUGGGCCACUGGCUCUAUGCUUCUUGUGUAUACAUUCUUCUACGAUUCUUCCGUCGGCCCUGUGUGCUACUCCCUGGUAUCGGAGAUUCCUAAUACGCGACUCCGCAUCAAAACCGUCGUGCUGGCCCGGAACUUGUACAACUGCCUGAGCAUUCUCAACGGUGUCAUCAUUCCCUACAUGUUAAAUGUCGAUGCGUGGAAUUGGAAGGGCAAAGCGGGCUUUUUCUGGGGUGGAUUCUGUCUCUUGUGCGUCGUCUGGGCCUUUUUCCGCCUGCCAGAACCUCGAGGACGGACCUUUGCCGAGUUGGAUAUCCUCUUCGAAAAGAAGGUGCCGGCUCGGAAGUUCAAAUCGACAGAGCUGAACCUGUUCGCUGAAGAGCCUGCGAUUGUGAACCAGGAGGUGACAAAGGCAAACUAG